AUGUCUGAAACCAAUUGCAAAGAUGAAGAAGACACCUUUCCUCUCCAUGAAUGUGUUUUCGGAGGCGAUGUUCGAAAACUGUCAUCAUUACUACGAACUAACGAUGUCACCAAAAAGGACAAGCAUGGAAAUACAGCGCUACACUUGGCGGUAAUGCUAGGGCGAAAGGAUUGCGUGCAACUGCUUCUAGCUCAUGGGGCACCUGUGAAGGUUAAAAACCUGGCUGGGUGGUCACCACUUGCUGAAGCAAUUAGCUAUGGUGAUCGCCAAUCAAUUUCAUCACUUGUACGUAAACUUAAACAGCAAGCUCGAGAGCAAAUGGAGUUGAGGAGACCUGAUCUUAUUAGGGCAUUAGAACAGAUACAAGAUUUUUACAUGGAACUUAAAUGGGAUUUUCAUUCUUGGGUUCCAUUGGUGUCCAGAAUUUUACCAUCAGAUAUUUGUAAAAUCUAUAAAUCUGGAUCUAGAAUCAGAUUAGAUACUACAUUAGUUGAUUUCACCGAUAUGAAGUGGGAACGGGGAGAUCUGUCCUUUAUAUUUCAAGGAGACAGACCAACAAGUGAGUCCCUAACUGUGUUAGACAACAAAGCCAAGGUGUAUCAGAAGGUACGCUAUGAGGAGACAGAAAAUGAAAUUGAAGAUGAAGUUGACAUUUUGAUGUCCAGUGAUAUUUUAGCAGCUCAAAUGUCUACCAAAGGUAUCUUAUUUUCUAGAGCUCAAUCAGGCUGGAUAUUUAGAGAAGACCGAAAAGAAACUGUGGCAGGGAUAUAUAAAAGUGAUGUAUAUACAAUAACAGGUCUAGUUUUAGAAUCCAGGAAAAGAAGAGAACACUUAUCAACAGAUGACUUACAAAAGAAUAAAGCAAUAAUAGAAAGUUGGACUAGAGGUAACACCCAGAAUUUAGAUACUAAUGGAGAGCCAGUCCGUCGGGCGUCCCUAAACCCUCCUCCGGAAACUGGUGUUGAUUGGAAUGUAUACAUAUCAUCACCUCCAGGUGAAUACCCCAGUCUAGGAAGGGAACUUGUGUAUAAAGAAUCUUCACGUAAUUUCCGCGCCACUCUUGCCAUGAGUGAUGACUUUCCACUUAGUGUUGACAUGCUACUUAAUGUUUUAGAGGUUAUAGCACCUUUUAAACACUUUGCUAAAUUAAGGCAGUUUAUUGCAAUGAAGUUACCAAAAGGAUUUCCUGUAAAGAUUGAUAUACCAAUCUUGCCUACAGUUACAGCCAAGAUAACGUUCCAAAGCUUUGAGUUUCGUGAUAACAAUCCUCCUCAUUUAUUUGUAGUUCCAGAAGACUUUGUAGAAGAUCCUUUACGUUUUCCUGAUUUAUGA